CUUAGCGGCUAGGUUAGCCAUUCAUUGUAGCUCACUGCUCUCUUCAUAGACUUGAAUAUGGCUGAGAGUUGCACAAAGCAAACUGCGUUCACGUUUAUGAGAAGUUGAAGGCCUCAGUAAGAACAGAGUGGAUUUGGGAGAUUUUUUUUCCCCACACGAUCCCCCUGAAGAGCAGACAAGGCCGAUGUACUGCCGCAUCAAUUUAAAUGUUCCCGUUCUCCAGAUAUUUUUCAACGAUCAUGACACCACACCAGAUUUUCGGCUGAGCAGACAGUCUCUGGCGGUGCUGAUGGAGCUUUUCUGCCAGGAAAGACGACACGGAUGGGGGGCCACAAUAGAGACCUUGGUCUUCCUCUUCUGGCUGGCGAGUGGGGCAUCCUACAGAGUGGUGGCUCGGGUGUUUGGGAUGCCUCGCUCCACAGUUCACCGCAUCGUUCACCGGGUUACUGAGGAGGUGGUGGCCAUCCGCCACCGAGUCAUCUGCUUCCCCAAAACUCCAGAAGACCUGGCAGCAGUAACCCAGGGGUUUAAAGGGCUGGCAAGACACAGAGCUUUUCUCAAAGCUGCUGGAGCGAUCGAUGGCUGCCAUGUGAGGAUCAAGCCUCCAAGCGGUCCUGAAGGUCACUGCUAUCGCAACAGGAAACUUUUCUCCUCCAUCAUCCUGCAGGCAGUUUGUGACCAUCAGGGCCGCUUUAUCGACACAUACGUGGGCUGGCCGGGGUCGGUGCAUGACUCCAGAGUGCUCCGGCACAGCCCAUUGUACAGGCGGGGCAUCUACCCUCCUCCGGGCCAUUUCAUCUUGGCAGAUGGUGGGUACCCGUGUCUGCAACCCCCACUCCCCCUCAUCACUCCCUUCAAGCGGCCGGUAGAAGGUGUGGGAGCCCAGCGCUUUAACAGCCAUCAUUCCAGGGCACGCUCCAUCAUAGACUUUGGGAUGAUGAAGACGAGGUUCAGGGCCAUCUUCCUCCAAGCGCUGGAGGUGCACCACACCUUUGUGCCUCAGGUCAUAACGGCAUGUGCUGUCCUGCACAACAUCUGCCUAGGAGCCGGGGACAUCAUGGCCCCAGAGGAUGAAGUGCAGGACGACAUGCCAGAGGAUGAGGAGGGGGAGAACGUGUUGGAGGCAGCCAGUGGUGCUCCCUGGCGGGACCAGCUGUCUCCCGAGGUGCCUGCCCUUGAGGAGGUUCUACCCGACCACGAUUACAUUUAG